AAACACAGAAUGUUCCUGUUAGAAGAAAGCACAGACAUAUUUUUCUGCGUUUUGAAAAUGCGAAGCAGGCUUUUUGUGGCUUCGCGCACACUACGCAGGCACUGGAACUAAAAGCUCUUCAGCAGUUUCCAGUGAUAGCUUGCAAUGGACCAAGACUCGCACUGCACAGCAGAAAGGGAACUGUUGGAAGCUGUAAGCAGGAUUACUACGUUUUCUACCACAACUCCAUCUGAUAAAGAACAAAAUCAACCCCACACUGAAAUUUCAUGUCAAGUGAGAAAAGAAAACCCAGAAAAAGAUGACCUGAAAGAUUCCAGUGCAUCCCUAAGUCCCAACUCUUCAAUGACCACUAAGGAGCUUCAGGAAUAUUGGAGGAAUGAAAAACGCCAGUGCAAACAAGUCAAACUCAUUUUUGAAAUCCCAUCAACCAGAAUUGUGGAGCAUCACUUAUCUAAAUAUGUGAUGUAUAAAAUCAUCAUUCUGCAAACAGGGAGUUUUGACAGCAACAAAUCUGUGAUUGAACGCCGUUAUUCAGAUUUCGAGAAACUACACAGAAAUCUGCUGGAGGAGUUUAGUGAAGAAAUGGAAGAUGUGACCUUUCCCAAAAAAACUCUGACAGGGAACUUCACAGAAGAAAUAAUCAAUGAGAGAAAAUUAGCCUUCAAGGACUACCUAAGACUUCUAUAUUCUAUGAAAUGUAUCAGAAGAUCAAAAAAAUUUAUUGAUUUUUUAACAAGACCCGAGCUUCAGGAAGCAUAUGGUUGCCUGCGGGGUGGCCAGUACACCAAAGCUUUGGAAAUCCUUUUAGAAGUCAUUGGUCUGCAGGCAAGGCUGACGAGAGGCAACCCUGUCUCAAUUGUCCCUACUCUCUGUGCCAUAGUGGUGUGCCACAAGGACCUGGAAAACCCAGCAAGUGCCUUUGAAUAUGGAGAAAAAGCUCUGUCGCGCCUUUGUAUGCAUACUAGCCACAAGUAUUAUAUUCCAUUGUUAGAAACGAUGAUCACUCUGGCAUAUGAACUUGGCAAGGAUUUUCUGUCUUUGCAGGAAAAACUGGAAGAAUGGAAGGCAAAAAAAGAUCCCAUUCGUAUUUUUACCCUGAAAGAACUUGCAGUUCACGAGUAUGUACAAUGAACACAAGAAACAAUUUCUUUAAAGAGCAAAGCUGUCAGCUUCUUUUCCUGAACAUAAGCUCUUGAAAGAAUAAGAACUGGAAAUCACCUGUUUGGCUAACAUAAUGUUAAUAGAAAAAAAAAAAAUAUUUUCCGUAUUCAGAAGGGACAUUUCCAUUUAUGUUGGAAAGUAUUAUACUUACUCUACAGAUAUGAAGAGCACUUAAGCUUAUUAAGGUUUUUGGAAACAAAUUUGCAACAAAAAAUCGUUUAUGAUUUGCCUAUUUUGAAAAUAGCCUAAUUUGUCUGAAAAGUCAGAAUAGUGAAAUAAAAUGAAUAAAGCACUUAAGAAUCUGCAGAAUCAGAGGCAUUGCUUGCUUAUGUGGAAACUCCUUCAAGAAGAGAAACACCUUCUCAGGCAAUCUAAAGGAUCCAUCUUCAGACACUGAUUGUAGUUUUUUAGUCCUCCAGCUGAAGACUGGUCAAACAGCACUUUGCCCUUUCUGAAAAUGAUGGGAUUGGUCCUAUUCCCACUGGUCAAUUGCUGUGGGCAGGAGAACCUGGGGGGAAGGUUUACAGUCAAAUUCAAUAGAAGGCUAGUAUACAAGCAACGAUCAUUCUGUCAGAUAUGAGGGAGUAUGCUUCAUUUCUCUUUUGUAGCUAAUACAGUUUUAUGACCUGCAUUGAAGGCACUUUCUUGUUUGGGAUGAUCUUUAAGUAAAGCUCUGUCCAGAGUAGAAAAUUCGUGCCACAUGUGCUAUAUACAUAAUGCAAAGGAACACAAAAGGGUGCUUUAGGGGAAAACAUCUGGCUAAUAUAAUGCUAGCAUUUAAUUGUGAUUAUCAAGCUGUGAGGCACGGUUAUCAGACAGUCUGUGUUAAGCAUGUGUUUCCCUGUUGCCUUUCAGAAGUUUAUGUAAAUUGGGCGUUGCCUUAGUUUGACAGCCUGGUACACUAUGCAAAUACCAUCUUGGUGGCACUGCAAUAUUAUAGCUAAUUCUUUCAGAGAUUCAACCCACGUAUACAAAUUCUAAGCUUGUCUUAGCCCUAAUGCUCAUGUGAAAGCUUCCUAAGAGCUGAAAAAAAAAUCUCUGUUUACCUGCUUCUGUAAUUGUCUCUCUCAUACAUUUAUUUUAGUAAUCUGGUAAAAUAAUUCUCAUAAAUAUUGCAAUUAAAUGUCAUGGUAGCAUGGGUCAUUAUUCCCUGGUGAGUGUAGUCCACUGAGUACUUUCAGGCCUGUGCUUCAGGUACAGAUGCUACAUACACAGCACGAGGGCGCUGUCUAUAAAUUAGAAAUAGCUGUAUUAACUUACCUCCAAGAGACGUAAAAGAAUCAGAUAAUUGAAAGUGCACUGAGCCUCAGAAACAUUGGUGUACAUUGGUACAAGAAGGAUGGCUCAGAAAAAAUACAGAAUAGUGGGAGUAUCAAGGGUGGAAAGUUAAUAUUUUAGGUAGCUAUUAACAGCUAAGCGUUACACUCAAAUGCUUUGUUUAUUGUUACAGAUUAUUUGUUAUUUGACAAUUACUAUUUUUUGUAGUUAAAAGUAAGAGAAGUAAGAGUAAUUAACUAAGAGACUUAUGGACUAAUCUUCCCACAACAUACCAUAUUGCAGGUCAGUUAAAAUCAAAGAUAUCAAGCUUCUUAGGGGAUGUCUGAAUCAGUAACAAUGCAGCAAAGAAGAAUGUCUGGGGUCCACAUUACACUCAGGCAACUUGAAGUUAAGGUAGAAAGGAAGCUUGGCUAUCACGCUGCUCUGUCUCCACUGUAGUUUGUGGUGGAAGACCAAAAGAAUGCCUUGAGUUCUCCUCAGGUUCCUGUGGGACUGUACUUGAGUAGCUAAUUGUGUCCACAGGCCCUCACCUUACAGCUGACUACAAGAUUAGAGGGUCCAUAAGUACCUGCUGUCUAGCAAGGACAAAUACCUGGAAACUGCUUGCGUGGCCAUCAGUCAGCCACAACAUCUCAGACCUACCCUGGAAGAAUGUAUCAUCUACAUCACUCAGAGGGCUGAUUUCAAUUUCUGCUGCAUUGAGACAUCCAGUCAGGCUGCUUCAUGUAUGAAUCUGCACAGCCUACAGCACGUGUCAUCAAAGGGUCAAGUGUAAUGUUCGUAAAAUCAGUUUGUGAUUUCAUUACUAUUAGAAUACAACAAAAUUAAAAUCCCCAACAAUUCAACAUCCCUCCAGCAAAUCAUGCAUGCAUUCACUUCGUACAAAUGCAGAGCCUGUGACCUUCGGAUUUAUUAAACUCUUCAGAUAUGUCAUUGAAAAUCCUUGGAAAGAGAAAGCUUGUACGGUGACGGCACUGACUGGGGACCCACGAGGCCUGGAUUUCACCUGGAGAUCUGCCACAGACUUGGUCUGAACUUCGCACAAGUAACAGCUUCUGUGCCCUAUUUCUUCAUCCAGUACUUCCUCAGUAAGGUUCCCUCACUCAGGUUUUCAGUGGUCACUAGACAGAAAAAUUGUGAAACUUGACCAAGUAAGUUAACUCCCGCAUUUAACUUGGAAAUGUGAACUGAGAUGGAAGCAAUUUUGAUUUAUACAAGCCUAUUUCAUUUCUUCAAGGUAUCUUGACAUAGAAGAGAACUUAGAGGCAGUAAGUUGCCAAAUCUGUGUGCUUACGGUUGAUUGAAUAGUUUCUUACUAAUGCAGUCUUUAUUUUAGAAUCAGACUUUACUUUCCUCACACACCAGAGAAGUUACGAAAUUUAUCUAUUUAUUGCAUAGGACUGUAGUGAGACCAUGCUGGCUCACCAGCCCCAUGGACCGUCGGCCAGUUCUGAUUUCUUAGCUGUGUUCUCCCAGAGACUUGUUGGACCUGCCAAAAGAAUUUUCCUUUCAUUUACUCACAUUUCAAAAGUCAACUUCUGCAAAUUCUUUUUCACUUGAUUUUUACAGCGAAGUGAGUAUUCAGCAGUUACAUGUUACUAAAACAAACGGUAAUGGAAUUCCUGCUCCCAUACUGACCCUCCUAUCUUCCACUUGGAAUGACAGCCUGCGAGGAAUGGGUUCCCUCUGCCUGUACAUGCGACUUUAUCUUCCACAGUUCAAACCAUAUAGCCAGGUAAGGCAGAUUUCCUGCGGAGAAUCAGAGAUUAGUUUCUUUCCCCAUUAACAUUGCCUGAUGCAGGGAUACAGUACUGCCUGCAGAGCGCUCAUUCAUGAAUUGAAUCUGUCCUGGCUUUUUCAUAAAAUGUAUAAAAAUUAAAUGGGUGCUUUCCACUUACCACUGCAUCUUGUUUUUCCUCUGAAUAAUGUUCUAAGAAUGGCUUAAAAAGGACAUGGAUAAUAUUUUUGUCCACAUCUACCUGUCUUGCUUAUCUACUGCUCUUCCUUAACUCCUGUUAAGAAGCCACUGGAGAAACAAUGACUAAAAACCUUGUUCACUCUCCAUGGGGCUUGCAUGCUAUCCCCAGAGUACACAUCCCACCUCACCAGGUGCUGGGUGAGCAAAAGCAAAUAGCACUGCAUCAGUGAAGCUAUUUUGGAAGAAGAAAGCUCUAGCACUGCCACAGCUGCAAGAAUGGAACAUAAAUUAAGAAAGCAGGUGGUUCCUGCUUCCAGACAGCUGUUUUACUUUCACUCUUCAUUGCUUUACAAUACUUGAGUGAUAAAAACCUGCUUUAUAAAUAAAUCCAUUUCCUUUCUCCAAAA